AUGGCUGAAGUUUCCUCUGAAACUAUCGUUCCGGUUCAGAUCGAGGAGGCGGAUUAUACGUUUGGCAGCCCGUCGAAUGGAGGAAAUACCGAAGACGAUUUCGAUUUCGACUUGGGCGAUGACAAGACACUUGGGCUGUUGACGGAAAACGGUGAUGACUACAAUACAGAAGUGGUAGAAGACUUCCAAUCACAUAUGGCACAAGCCGAAGACGAGGAUGAGAUAGGCUACGAAGGUGGCGGAGCGCCCGUGGGGGGUGAAAACGGCGACGGCGACGAACAUGCACACGAUGAGACCGGACACGACGAUGAGAUUGACUACGAUGAGGCUGAUCUCCAAACUACUUCUUUGAGUGCUGGCAAUAUCGUGUUGGACGAGAAACAGGAAGUGGACACUGCAGAGGAGGCCCACGAUGCUAUUGACUUUGAAACCGAGACAAACAGGGCAGCUCCCAAUUCACCAGAACAUGAUGUGGUAGAUGAAGCGUCCACUGCCGAUGUUACCGUCACAUGGGGCACUGAAGUUUGCCCCCUCUUUAAGACAUCCGAAGUUGACAGUCCGGAUUCUUUUUUCCUUGAAGACCUUGAGGCGGCAAAUUAUCCGUUGUCAAAGUUUUUGCUCACAAUACGGAGUGGAAUUGCGUCGUGGGUGCAUGCGGAAGACGAGAUUUUCAUCCGCAUCGAUGAUCUCGGGUUUGAAUUUGGAGAGACUACAACGGAAGCGCUUCUCGACCAGGUCACAUUCCAUAACCUGAUUGCGUUGCACAACACACUCCUUACAAACGAUGAUGCUACACUUUCAAAGGGCUUGCAUAUAACCCUUGGCACACGGCCGAACUGCUUGCUGCGUCUGAAGAAGCUUGUCAGUGAAGCAGGCUCGGGGAAGGGCCUUUCGUCUUGUCAGCAGACGGCAGCUGACUCGGACGCUUCCUCUGACUCGGACGACCACGCUGACAAGUCUGACGAGCAAUCCUCUGAUAAUGGGUUAAUGGACAGAGUUGAAGAGGAAGAGGGUGGUGCCCUGACUCCGGAAGCAGAAAUGGCCGAUGUUGAUGUAACAGUUGAGGAGACAGAGCCGUUCGGUGGUGAAGGAGCCGAACUUGCUACUGCAGAGGAUGGCACUGAAUCUGUCGACCAUGAUGUUGAUGUCGAGACUGAAGGUGGCCACGGCGUGGAGGUUGCCGCAGAAGAAGCCGAAUUAGUCGAUUUUACGAAUGAAGAGGAAGACGAUACUGGCGGUGUGUCCCUCCGGACCACUGGUGGUCUUGAGUUGGCACGAGGAGGUCAUACACCCAGCGAGGCUAGCAACGGCCAUUUCGAGCAACAAAGCAAACUUAGCGAGCAUGAAACGGCCGAAGAGGUCGGGAAUCCAGAUCAACACCUUAAAUCGGAUAUUAUGGAACCCCUGGACCAAACUGGUGGAUCACCAGACCAAGAAAAAGAUGGCGAACUAUACAAGCCGGUACUUAGUAUCUCAAACGGCGGAAUAUCUGACGAUCCUCUGGAAGACUCAGUAUUGGCCCAUCUCGAGCCCGCCAACGGGCUCGAAGCUAUUGACCAAGGCCACCAGUUGGGCGACUUGCAAGCCCUGGGCGAGGAGGACAAUGGUGACGGCUUUCUAGAUGUCAGCGGUGACUUCGAUGCCGUUCUACUCCCAACGACCGUGUCCGAAUGGGCAGGUGACGACAAGGCAGCCCUCGAUGAGAUGGAUCUGUCACUUGAUGCCAGCGUUACCGCUACGUUAGACCAUGAUGAGAUCGACUACGAGGACCGCGAUACUACUGGAUUGCUCGGUACUGAGUUUGGAGAGGAUGCCCGAAUGAUGUCUACCGAAGCUACCCUUCACAAUACGGAUGUGCCAGAGUCCGUUGCUGCCGCAGAUGCAGGGCCCGAUGAAAUUGACUGGGACGACGACGAUAAGAACGGUGCUGCCAGCGAGACAGCGUCAACCUCAGCAACAGCAACUGGCAAACGGACAAGGAUAGAUGAAGGCUUGGAAGAUUAUCUCAUUGAUGACCUGCCAGGUAAAAGACACUUCCCUGAUUGUGUCGCAAUGAACCGCUGCUAA